AUGACAGUUAAUGAGCAAAAGAAGAGGAAGAGAGCUGGUACUGUUGCCAAGGAAGCUCCACCGACAGUAAACAGCGAUGAGGAGGGCUAUGAAGAUGAUGAACAAGACGAGGAACUAAUCGAUGUAGACUUUGACUUUUACAAUCCAAAAGACAUUGACUACCAUGGCUUGAAAUCACUCCUUGGUCAAACAUUCGCAAAUGACUCGCAUCUUGUUAACGUUGGAGACAUGGCGGAGCUGAUUAUAUCGCAACCCAAUGUCGGAACUACUGUAAAGGCUAAAGAUAAUCUGGAUCCAUAUGCUAUCAUCACCGUGUUGAAUCUUACUCUUCAUCAGGACAAGGAAUGCAUCAAAUCGCUCAGAGAAUACAUACUGGAGAAAGCUCAAGACACACCAGCAUCAACUAAAUUCACAUCAGUGCUGAACGACACAAAGCACCAUGUCGGUCUAAUCAUAAACGAGCGGCUUAUAAACAUGCCUCCACAAGUAGCUCUACCUGCUUUCAAGAUGCUCAUGGAGGAGGUGCAGUGGGCUGUGGAAGAUGACCAACCAUUCGAUUUCGAAUACUUUAUAACCAUAUCGAAAACAUAUCGAGAAGUUGAGUCUGAAUUGGAUGGACCUGCCGAAGGUGCAUCACAAAAACAACCUAUAGAUGUCAAAGGAAAGAAGAGGAAGGUGUCGAGUACGAAGAGUGCUGCUGCUACUCCCAGUGCAAAGAAGGACGAAAUCUUUUACUUUCAUACGGAAGAUGAGAUAUUUGAAAAGAAAUGUGAAGCAUACUUUGAUUAUACAUUCGAAAAAGAAGCUCAAGUAUCUGAUUCUAGACGAGUCUUUUUGGAAAUGGGUAUUGAUCCUGCUCGUAGAGUAUUCCUGUUUCAUCGGAAUGUGCUGCCGGAGGUCAUGGCUGAUUUGGAGCUUGUACUUGCUGCUGAAUGA